AUGGAAGCUCUGGAUAAGCUUAUCACUAAACUAGGAGUCUUGAGGUUGAAGGAUUUGAUCAAGGCUAUUCGAGCAUGUAAAACAGCAGCGGAUGAACGUCAGGUCAUUGCCAAAGAAUCAGCAUUUAUACGGACAAGUUUCAAAGAGGAGAAUGUGGAAACUCGGCAUAUCAAUGUUGCUAAAUUAUUGUAUAUACACAUGCUGGGCUAUCCUGCCCAUUUCGGUCAGAUGGAGUGUCUGAAAUUGGUGGCAUCGCCAAAAUUCGCAGACAAGAGGCUGGGAUAUUUGGGCAUUAUGCUGCUACUAGAUGAGAAUCAGGAAGUCUUGACACUUGUCACGAAUUGCCUCAAAAAUGAUAUGAACAAUCCAAACAUGUAUAUUGUGGGCCUGGCCCUCUGCACACUGGGAAACAUUUCAUCACAGGAGAUGGCUCGUGAUUUAUCAGGAGAAGUAGAAAAACUAUUAGGCAACUCAAAUUCCUACAUUCGCAAAAAAGCAGCGUUGUGUGCCCUCAGAGUUAUUCGUAAAGUGCCAGACCUAAUGGAAAACUUUUUGAAUCGAGCAAAAUCACUAUUGAAUGAACGAAACCAUGGUGUCUUGCUUACUGGAACGACACUCUUGACUGAAAUGUGUCAAUAUAGUCCUGCUGCAACUGCCGAUGUACGCAAACUGGUACCAGCUCUCGUCCGUCACUUGAAGAAUCUCGUGACGGCUGGCUUCUCACCUGAACACGAUGUCAGUGGUGUUACUGAUCCAUUCUUGCAAGUCAAAGUACUCCGCUUGUUGAGAAUUCUGGGUAAAGGAGAUGCUGAAGCCUCUGAUGCCAUGAAUGAUGUCUUAGCUCAAGUAGCGACUAGCACCGAAGGAUCGAAAAAUGUUGGAAAUUCUAUAUUAUAUGAAGCAGUAUUGACGAUUAUGGAUAUUGAGAGUGAUAGCUCGCUACGAGUAUUGGGUGUAAACAUUCUAGGUAGAUUCUUGGCUAAUCGGGAUAAUAAUAUUCGAUAUGUAGCCUUGACGACCCUGACCAAAGCAUGCCAAACCACUCAAUCUGUCGAUGCAGCCGCUUUACAGAGGCAUCGUGCCACUAUAUUAGACUGCUUACGCGACCCUGAUGUAUCUAUUCGACGAAGGGCACUAGAUCUCGUCUUCUUCCUAAUCAACUCGCAAAACAUCCGUAUCUUGACUCGAGAAUUAUUAUCGUAUCUAGAAGUCGCUGAAGGAGACGUGAAAUCAUCCAUCUCAUCCCGUAUAUGUGAAUUUGCUGGUCGAUACCGCCCAAACAAGAGAUGGGAAGUAGAUACAGUAUGUCGUGUAUUACGUGUAGCAGGUUCCUAUGUUGACCAAAAUGUGGUCAACCACUUUGUAAAACUGGUUACAACUGGUCCAGCAGAUCUAUCACAGUAUACUGUACGUAAACUGUACAAUACUAUUAGGAUUGAAGGUGAACGAGCCUUGGCACAAGAAGGGCUUGUUCAAGCUAUGGUUUGGACUGUUGGUGAAUUUGGUGAUGCAUUAGUAAAUGGUACUGCUGUUCUAGUCAUGGAUGAUGCUGAUGAUUCCGGAACCAGUCUUGAGAAUACGAACGAACUUCAAAUGGCUCCCUCUGAACGAGAUGUGCUAGAUAUGUUUACCAGUUUGAUGAGGGGCCCUUAUGCUACUCCCAUUGUUAAAGAGUAUGCUAUUACUGCUAUGGCUAAACUCAGUGGUCGUUUCCAGCAAUCUGAUACUACAGAUGCCAUCAAAUUAUUGAUUGAAAAGUAUCGCACCAACUUUGACUUUGAAAUCCAACAACGUGCUGUUGAAUAUACCAAUCUGUUUGCUCUGGAUCAUGAUACCAGGAUUGCUUUAUUGGAACGUAUGCCUGUGUUGGAAAGCGCUACACGUGAAGAAGCUGCCAAGGGAACUGGAGUUGCGUUAGCUGCAGAUCCUGCCUCUCCAACUGCAGGCAGUCCACCAUCAAAGAUCAAUGGUGCGACAAAUGAUUUAUUGUCAUUGUCUGGUGGAUCCUCAUCGCGACCUGGAGAUGACUUGCUCAACUCAUUAUUGACCAAUAAUACUCCAUCGAUAUCGUCUCGAGGGCCUGCAGCAUCUACAAAGUCUGAUAAUGUAAUGGAUUUGUUGGGUGGCAUUUCUUUAGGAGGCGCUCCAGCACCUGCACAAACCACACCAUCUAUGAUGGCACCAUCGUCUAUGCGACCAGCUACAACAGACUUAUUGGGAGAUAUCUUUGGUGGCGGUAGUAGUGGUAGCAACAGUCUUUCAUCAACAGGAAUGUCUGGCAUGCCAGGAAUGUCACCAAUGAGUUCAACUUCUUCGCCAUCAUCAAAACAGCAACAACAAUCAAUCGAUCCUUUGGCUGGUCUGUUUGGUCCAACACCGACUCCAUCAUCAGCACCAUCACGCCCCAUUAUUACAGCAAUGCCAGUAGCACCUGUUGCAGCAAUGGCUUCACCAUCUCUUGCAACUAGACAAGAUUAUAUUUGUUAUGAUAAAUCGGGAUUGAAAAUCACUUUAUCUCCAACCAAGGAUGCUAUGGGAAUGAAUGUGGAUGUUGGAGUUGUGUUUGCCAAUACGAGUAUUGCUACUAUAUCAGCUAUGGUUUUCCAAGUUGCUGUGCCAAAGUCUUUGAGAUUGCAAAUGCAACCACCAUCAUCAACUGUGCUACCACCAGGAAGUAGUGCCACGCAACAAAUGCGUAUAGAAAAUCCAACGAAAGCUGCUAUUCGACUGCGUCUGAAAGUAUCCUUCCAAGCCAAUGGAGCUGUAGCCGCAGAUGAGAUUGUAGAAUUUUCUGGAUUCCCAGCAUCACUAUGGGCAUAA